AUGUUUCUUCCAGAAGCUUUCCUGCAAGUCUCCUCUGGGAGGCUGCUUCUGGCUGCUGUGAUAGUGAUUUCUGUAGUUUAUAUCUUCAUGGUGUCGACACCUGAGUCUGUCAAGACACCUCCGGGUCCCCCAGCCCUGCCGCUCCUAGGAAACCUGCUCUCGCUGGAUCUUAAGAGACUAGACCUGUCUCUUGUGGAGUUGUCUAAGACGUAUGGCUGUGUCUUCACUGUGCACCUCGGCCCCAUGAGAGUAGUGGUCCUGGCUGGUUACAAGACAGUGAAGGAGGCGCUUGUUGACUACCCUGAGGAGUUUGGGAGCAGACUCACCACACCGAUAUUUCACGAUAUCAGUCAAGGACACGGUAUAGUUUUUGCAAAUGGGGACUCGUGGAAGGAGAUGAGGAGGUUUGCUCUGUCUAAUCUGCGGGACUUUGGAAUGGGAAGGAAAGGUGAGGAAAAGAUCAUCGAGGAAAUCCAGUACCUCACUGAGGUGUUUGAAGCACAUGGAGGUAAACCAUUUGAAACCAAGGAACCUGUAUACUGUGCUGUUUCCAACAUUUUAGCCACCUUAGUGUAUGGAGACAGGUUUGAUUAUGCUGAUCCUGUCUUCCACAGUAUGGUGAGCAAGUCUAUUCACAAUUUCAAACUCACCAGAUCCCCUGUUCUCCAGAUCUACAAUGUCUUCCCUCUCACUGGGGUUUUACUGAAAUCUAGAAGGGUGUUCAUGAGGAAGAUUGCGAGUAUGAUGGCCGAGAUAAACCAACUUGUGAGGCAGCUGCAGCAGACCUUACAAGAGAACGAUAAGAGGGGAUUUAUUGAUGCAUUUUUGAUCAAACAACAGAAGGUUUCAGGACAGAAAGAUUCCCAUUUCCAUAAGGAUAAUCUGAUAAACACAAUUGUAGCCCUACUUGCUGCUGGGACUGAAACAACAGGCACCACACUCUGCUGGGGGCUGCUGCUGAUGGCUAAAUAUCCCCACAUCCAAAAAAAGGUUCAGGAGGAAAUUGAGAAGGUCGUUGGCACAAAGCAACCGAGGGCUGAACAUCGGAGAAGCAUGCCCUACACCGAUGCUGUGAUACAUGAAAUCCAGCGCCUGGCAAAUGUCGUUCCACUGAACCUUCCUCACAUGACAGCGGCAGAUGUUCACUUCCAGGGCUACUUAAUCAAAAAGGGGACCCCUGUCUUUCCUCUGCUGACCUCAGUGCUCCAGGAUGAGACCCAGUGGAAGACGCCUCAUCAGUUCAACCCUGCUCACUUCCUGGACCCUGAGGGCCAGUUUGUGAAGAAGGACGCCUUCAUGGCGUUUUCUGCAGGACGCAGGGCUUGUCUCGGAGAGAGCCUGGCCAGGAUGGAGCUGUUCCUGUUCUUCACCUCGCUGUUGCAGAAGUUCACCUUCUCUCCCCCUCCAGGAGUGCAGGAGUCUGAACUGGACCUCACUCCAACUAUGCGGAUCUCUCUGAACCCACAGCCUCACCAGCUGUGUGCUCUGAGAUGGGGGUAG